AUGGAAAAUAAUUUUACAGUCCAAGCUUUUGGUGACCUUACAUUCUCUUGUAUGCCAAGUGCACAAAAUGCUCCUUUAGUUUUCUCAUUUAAUAAUGGAAAUAAUUACACUAAAUUACCUCCUUGGCGUUCUCCGUCCCGUGGAACUUUAGCCUUCCAGUUUCGAACAUUAACCCCCGAUGGAUUGCUUUUAUAUCAUGGAAUGGCACAAUGCAGGAAUUUUACAAUUUGUGAUUAUUUGGCUUUCGAAUUAAUUGAUGGGCAUUUAUUUGUGAGAUAA